AGAGGUUUCGGUGACAACUACGUAUGCAGCAGUUGAAUGAAAGUCGCAAUUGGUUUCGUAUGAUUUCGUGCGCCCGGCUGCAGCGAAACUAAAAGUGGCCCAGCUCAGUGUACUCUAGGUUCCGAGUGUAUCUGCAAAGCCUGGAAAAGAGUCGCCUCGCAUGUGACGCGCUCUCCUGAUCACGGUAUUGCGUAUAUUACCCCCCUCAAGUUAAGCAUGUCCUUAGCUGCCGCUCAUUGGAGUGGUUCAAGAUUCACUUGAAGGGGCUGCAAGAACAUGCUCACGCAGUGCCUUCGCUCGUGCCACGGUGCAGUGCUCUGGGCAGUGCGAGGAGCACGAAACGAGCGGGCGGUAGCAGCAUGCCGGCGCGGCGUCGCAUCGAGUGCCGAUGGUGCCCUUCGGCUGAGCGACAGCUGCGUGGACAAGCUGCGGCGCGUCGGAGUCGGCCGCGUGCUGCGUGUGUCCGUGGAAGGCGGUGGCUGCUCCGGCUUCCAGUACCGCUUCCAGCUCGAAGACCAGCCUGCACCCGACGACGUGCUCUUCGAACGCGACGGCGCCCGCGUGGUCGUGGACAGUGCCUCGUUGGACCUGCUACGCGGCGCCACGCUAGACUACCAGGAGGAGCUCAUCCGCUCAGCCUUCCGCAUCGUGGACAAUCCGCAGGCGGAGCGCGGAUGCUCCUGCGGCGCCUCCUUCACCAUCAAACUUUAGACUGUAGAAGCAAGACACGAACGCCCAGUGUAGUGGCACAUCCUUUAAUAGAAACUGUAGCGCUUAUGCCAAAAAAAAAGUGAUCACGCUGUUGUAGCAAGCCGUACAUAACAUUGUUCGCGCACGCUGCGUUUGGCUUACAGUAUAUAAAGGCAUUUGAGAUUACGUGUAAUCAGCACUCGCAUGGCAGUUGGCACAACAUAUGAAAUAAACUCUGCAUAAGUAAA